AAACACACACAUGCACACACACAAGGUCUGGAAAUAAUCUCAUCUCUUUCUCUGCGCGUAUUUCUAGUCAUUUUUUGGUGCACAGCAUCCUGACGCCUCAAGGCUUCUCCAUCUUUCUGCAAACAUUUCGGUAUUAAUUCAAAGCGCACGUUGCGUGUUUUCCACCGAUAUUAAACAGUUUGAUGGACACUUUAGAGGGGAUUUUACACUUUUUUAAGCCUAAGUGUGGUUGUACGGCAAAGUAGGCUAGUAUAAGAACCCGAUACAUCUUGUUUAAAAACCGCCAGCACGUGAAAGGAUGCCCAGCGUUACGCGGAGUCGCUGCUGUUGGAUGUUGCUGGUAAUCGCAGCGGUGCGGAUGGGAGACGGCACCGAGGCGCAGGGGAACGCCAUCAAAUCACUGGAGCCGCUGACCGCGAACCGCACCAUCGAGAUCCCGAGGAAAGACAACGUGCGCGCUAAGGGUUACCCAUGCAGUAGUGAUCAAGAAUGCAUGGUGGGAAGUUACUGCCACAGCCCGCAACACGCCCCGUCUCGCUGCCUCACCUGCCGCAGAAGGAAGAAGCGUUGCCACAGAGACAAUAUGUGUUGCCCUGGCAACCACUGCAGUAACUAUAUCUGUAUCCCGGUUUCCGAGAGCGUCCUGUCCUCACAUAAAUCGCCUUUGGAUGAGCAUAACAAAUUUUCUAUCAAAGACAAAAGCUGGAGGAGGAAUGGAAAAGCUCAAGCCAAGAUUUCUCUUAAAGGUCACGAGGGCGACCCUUGUCUGCGAUCUUCCGACUGCUCCGAGGGCCACUGUUGCGCUCGUCACUUCUGGACGAAAAUCUGCAAGCCGGUGCUACGUCAAGGCGAAGUGUGCACGAAACAACGCAAGAAGGGUUCGCACGGCCUGGAGAUCUUCCAACGCUGCGACUGUGCAAAGGGCCUCGCCUGCAAGGUGUGGAAGGACGCCACUUCCUUCUCUAAAUCCAGGCUGCACGUCUGCCAGAGGAUCUGAGACAGGAGGGCCCUGCUAACAAGCCGCACCUUGGGGCCCCGCAUCCCGCUGGGCACGGAGCGGGCGGUGGCUCCUUUUUUCCAGGACUGACUCGGCUAAGAGUGAACGCAGGUGCCAGUAUGGGGUCAGUUUAGAAUCGGUACGAACUGACCAAUACUUGCGUGGACAAUAUUAUUUGAUGCAUGUUUCACUGUAGCGAGGUAAAUUGAUGUACAAGCCAUAUUUAUCACUGAUCACUUCGGUACAAGCUCUGAAUUUAUUUCAUUCUGUACAUUCAACCUAAUAGGGGGUAUGAGUUUUUUGCAUGUGAUGUUUGGAUCCAGGCAAAUCCAGGCAAAAGUCUCAUCAUCUAAUUUUGAGAUUUGGUGCAUCAAAGUUGGAUAUCUUUCAUUGAUUUCAAUCUUUAUCAUGACCUUACCCAUUCAAAAUAAAGAUAUCAAGGUUAUAUUUCACAGAUUUGUAAAUCACAAAAUAACUUUAGCUGGGUUUUUACAGGCAUGGUCACAAUUGGUAUAAAUCUUCUGGAUCCGGCUCUGUUUUGGCACAUUUAGUGGCUGGUUGAAACGGAUUGUGGACUCGACAUUGGAGUGAAUUCACCCAGCCGUCUAUCUUAUUGAAGUUCCUUAAAAAGGCUGUCAUUUGCUUUCAUUUUUAGUAACACAUUGUAGUUUUUCAUUUAAAAUGUAACCACUACUUGUUACAGAAAAAUUGUAUGGAGUUUUUAUUAUCCCAGACAUGUGCAAUUGGAGAAGGAAGCAAAAUGGUUGGCUUUUCAAUUUAGUGGUGAAAUUGUUAUUGGCCAUCAAGAUAGGAUUAACCAAAUGCAUAUUUCUAGAUUCAACAAGGGACGCGUUAAGAGGAACACUUCAUGUAAUGGGUUUUACAGCCAGUAUAUAAAGUUAUCUUUGUACAUGCUGCGUGUUGCCAGGGGAAAUAAUGGUGUACUGUUAUGUGCUAGUUAAAGUGGACGAACAGAAAACUUUCACUUUUAGUUAAUUUACAUGGUCUUUUUUUCUUAAAAAGCCAGACAUCCGCCCUUCUAUAAGUGCACUUUGUAUAAAAAAUUGAAUCGUAUGUGAAUGUAGCACACGAAUGGAAGAACGAUUUUUUUUACGUUUUUAUGUUAGUUCCAUACGAAUACUUAUGAUUAUUAGUUCAGAUUUAGUCUAUAAUCAUAGUAGAGUUUAUUUUAUACCAAGAUGAUUUGGUUAUCAAGGGCAGUUGUUUACAAUACGAGUGGUGAAUGAAUGUUUCGCAAAUGUGUUUUUACGAUCACGAUGUACGAGUCAGAGGCCAUGCUUUUGUGCUUUAAAUUUAUAUUUCUCUGCAUUUUAGCUAAAAUGAAAUGGAAUACAAAUGCUUAUAAGCUCUUAUAUUGUAAAUAACAUGCAAAUAUUUCAAAGUGUAUUUAAAAAGCAGUUGUAUAUCAUGUUGUAUAUAUUGGUAAGAAAGGAUCCAUAAAGACAUUAAACAUUUUUUACAUUAACUUUGUCAUAGCAGUGCGAGGUCAUCAACCUCUAUGGUUUUACUCUGCAAAUCUAUAAACAAAAAAAAAAUCUCAUGGAGGACUUUUAACAUUAAAUUAUUUUCAGAGCUCACGUUGUAUUUGUUCAAAUGUCUGUUUUUUUUGGUUGCUCAUGAUUUUGUUUCUAUGUUGUAACUGUGUCGUUCUGAUUUUGUCUCAUUGUGUAUUUACAGUGAUUUACACAGAUUAAA